UAUCUGUGCUGACAGGAAAGGCAGAUUUACUGCAGCGCAUUUAGCACAUCGAUCACAUUUAAAGUAUUUUUAUUACGACUUGCACUUCAGCAGCUAAUCAUUAUGAUUUUGUUGGAAAUUAAUAAUCGUAUUGUUGAAGAGACCUUACGGCUGAAGUUCGACAGCGCAGCUAACGGGAACAAGCCUGAUACAGUUGAAGUUACAUUUGCUGAUUUUGAUGGCGUUCUUUACCACAUCUCAAAUCCAAAUGGUGACAAGACAAAGGUGAUGAUCAGCAUCUCGCUCAAGUUCUACAAGGAGCUGCAGGAGCAUGGUGCUGAUGAGCUGCUGAAAAGAGUGUAUGGAAGCAUCCUGGUAUCACCGGAAGAUGGCUAUAACGUAUCUCUGCUGUUUGACCUGGAAGCGCUUCCAGCUAACAAAGAGGAGAUGAUUCACCAGGCCGGCAUGCUGAAGAGAAACUGCUUUGCCACUGUGUUUGAGAAAUACUUCAAGUUCCAGGAGGAAGGACGUGAGGGAGAACAAAGAGCUGUUGUCCACUACAGAGAUGACGAGACCAUGUACGUGGAGGCGAAGAAAGAUCGUGUUACCGUGGUAUUCAGCACCGUCUUUAAGGACGACGACGAUGUCAUCAUAGGAAAGGUGUUCAUGCAGGAGUUUAAGGAGGGCCGGCGUGCCAGUCACACUGCUCCUCAGGUGCUGUUUAAUCACAGAGAGCCUCCACUGGAGCUGAAGGACACAGACGCUGCAGUCGGAGACAACAUCGGCUACAUCACCUUUGUCUUGUUUCCUCGUCAUACUAAUGCCAACGCCAGAGACAACACCAUCAACCUCAUCCACACCUUUCGUGAUUACCUGCAUUACCAUAUUAAGUGUUCCAAGGCUUACAUCCAUACCCGCAUGAGAGCCAAGACCUCCGACUUCCUGAAGGUCCUGAAUCGUGCUCGUCCCGACGCUGAGAAGAAGGAGAUGAAGACCAUCUCUGGCAAGACAUUUUCCCGCUAAGAAUUCGCAGCGACCACGAUGAGACCAACCGUUACGGACCAAGUACUCAGUGGAUUUCAGGACCCAGGAUUUCAGAAGAUGUUCUCCGCAUUUUGCAUUUAAAUAUUUGUUAUGCAGUUCGACUACAAGAUGCGACCGGUUUUUAUACGUCUCAUGUUGAAUUGAACGUUUGUUAUUUUGUAUUUGGCCUUGUCUCUGUGAUCUAACACAUCAUGUCUGAGUGAUGUGGAUGCAGUAUUGCUUCAUGAUUUUAGAGUUUUUUAGUCUUUGUGCCAGUUCGUCUGUCUGAAGUAUUUUAAUAAUGAUGGGUAUUGAUUUGUUUCAAUUAAACGUCUUACAUCUUUUAACUA